AUGACUUGGAAUGUCAGGGGUGCUAACAACUCAGUUAGUAGGUUUUUGAUCUAUGAUCUGGUAAAAAAGAUAAGGCCUUCAAUGAUAUUUAUUCAGGAAACUAAAUGUUCAUCUUGGAACCUCAGAUCUAUAGCUUCUUUGGGACUGGGAACCAAGGUCCAGUGGGUGGAAGAGCCUUCUAGAGGACUUUCAGGGGGCUUGCUCACAGUAUGGCAGGAGGAGUUUUUUACUCUAACUUCUCACACGAGCGCUAGAUAUUGGUUAUUGAUUCGUGGUACGUCUCCGUCAGUCUCAGGUGGUUUAGCAUUUAUUAAUAUUUAUGCUCCCCAAUCUCUGUCAGACAAGAAAGUUGUCUGGGAUGAGUUACUUUCUCUUAUCAGCAGUUUAGAUGAAAAAUUUAUCAUGUUAGUAGGAGAUUUCAAUGCAGUUAGGAGUAAGGAGGAGAGAUCUAAUUGCAUCUUUCGCCCAGCAGAAGCUUCUUCAUUCAACUCAUUUAUUUUAGCUUCUGGUUUGGUGGAGGUUCUCUUGACCAACUCUAAGUUUACUUGGUAUGGUCCUGACCUCAGAUGUAGCAAGCUUGAUAGAUUUUUCCUAUCCUUAGAAUGGUUUUUGGAAGGCAGCUGGGUAACUAAUGCUGAUCACAGGAAAACGUCAGAUCACAAGCCUCUGUUCUUAAAGUGUGGAAGAGAUGAGUGGGGGCCUAAACCAUUCAAAUUCUUUAAUUUUAGCCUUCAAGAUAAGGUGUUAGUUGCUUCCUUGAAGAAUUCCUGGGUUAACACAAUUUCUCCCAACUUUACGGUUAAAUUUAGAGCUCUUCGUGAGGUAGUAAAAGCUUGGCAUAAUCAACAGUAUGGGGAUAUUAACGAAAUGAUUUCUGCACUUGAGAAUGAUCAAUCUAAAGCAGAUGAAGGGGAAGGAAGGGGGGAUUCAGUUUUCACUUCUGUCCCAGAAAUCAAAAAGAUUUUUUUGCAUUAUUUUAAAUCCCUUCUGGCACCUGCUGUGAAUCAAAAAGUUUUUAAUCUCCCGGAAAAUUUUCUAUUACCUUUGUCUCAGUCUAAUAGGUGCGCCCUAGUAGCUCCGUUUUCUCUAGAUGAGAUUCAUGAAGCUUUGGAAGACACAAACUCAUUCAAGGCCCCGAGGCCGGACGGAAUGAAUGCGGGUGUUCUAAAGGCGCUUUGGAGUACCAUUAAGGAAGAUCUAUUGUGUUUCUUUCGCCACUUUUUUGAUUUGAAACCAAUUGGAAAGGGCUAUAACUCGUCCUUUAUUGUUCUUAUUCCUAAAAAGACUGAUGCCCUAGUGCCGGAGGACUAUCGUCCUAUAAGUCUUAUGAACUCAGUCAUGAAGCUUUUAACCAAAGUCCUAUCCAGAAGAUUGAAGUCGGUAAUGCCUGUUCUGGUUAGUCAAGUGCAGACGGCCUUUAUCAAAGGGCGCCAAAUUACGGAUAGUAUUAUGUUGGCUAAUGAGGUUGUCUCUGCACUACAACAAGGGAAGUCCAAAGGCCUAGUUUUUAAGAUUGACUUUGAAAAGGCAUUUGACAGAGUUAGAUGGGAUUUUGUGUUCGAGGUUUUAAAAAUUAUGAACUUUGAUGAUCGCUGGAUUAGGUGGGUGAAAGAAAUAUUUGAAUCUUCUAAGAUUUCCAUUCUUCUUAAUGGAAGUCCGGGUGAAGAAUUUGCGCCGAGUAGGGGCUUAAGGCAAGGAGAUCCGCUUUCCCCACUGUUGUUUAAUCUUGUGGGUGAAUCAUUAGCAGCCCUUCUUAGGAAAGCAGUUCAAGCAAAGAUUAUAAAGGGUAUUCUGCUUCCGAAUUCUCUUUCCCCGAUCACACAUCUGCAGUUUGCAGAUGACGUGAUUCUUUUUCUUGAAGAUGAUAUCAACUCGGUCAUGGGUAUCAAAAGGGUUCUUCAAUGUUUUCAGCUUCUUUCGGGAUUUAAAAUAAACUUCAAGAAAAGCUCUUUAUUUGCCUUUGGAAUCUCUAAUCUACACAUUCAGGAUUGGGUUAAGAUUUUAGGUUGUAAGGCUAACCAGGGCCCAAUCAAUUACCUGGGGGCUAUUCUUGGAGCUAAUCCGAGGGCUGUUAGGUUCUGGAAUCCUUUGCUACUGAAAUUUUCAAAAAAAAUUAAUUCCUACGAAGCAGAUAAAAUCUCGUUGGCAGGGAAAUUAGUUCUGUUGCGUGCAGCGAUAGAUAGUGUUCCUUUGUAUUGGUUCUCAUUGUAUAUGAUUCCGUCGUUGGUAGCAAACAAGAUGGAACAACAACGUCGAGCUUUCUUAUGGGGCAGAAAUAAAGAGGGGGGAAACAAACUUCAUCUCAUUUGUUGGGACAAAAUAUGCUCCCCAAAAGAGAGAGGUGGUUUGGGCUUAUCUUCGAUUCGAGACAAAAAUCUGGCUGCACUGGCAAAAUGGGUAUGGAAGGCUUAUUCUGAUCGAGGUAGUAUGUGGAAUGACUUCCUUUCAAAACGAUAUGGUCAAGCCUGGAAUUAUGACUUAUCUCUGCUGAAUUCUAAAUUGUGUUCACCGGUUGUUCGUCAAAUUGUGAAAUUAACCUCAGACCCAAAGUUAGGUAGGAUGUUGUCCAGGGAAAAUUUCAAAUGGUAUGUGAAAGAUGGCUCUACGGUUUUCUUUUGGGAGGACUGGUGGAUUGGGGAUGCUUCUCUUAAUUCUCUUCUACCAACACUCUAUGCUAAGGCCAAAGUUAAACACAUGAUGGUCAGAGAUUUCUUUCAGUUAUGGUCGCUAAAUCACUUAAAUUCUGGUCUAUGGAUUGAUAUUUGUGAUCUCUCUUCUAUGGAGGAGUUUGUUAUGCUCUCAGAAAUUUUGUCCUCCUUCUCCCUCUCUUCUGGUAAAGAUUCAUUGGUCUGGCUCCCAGGUAAAAGUCAGUUUUCCUCGAAGGUUUGUCGGGAUUUAAUGUCUCCAAAUUGUGCAAUUGGAAGCCAGCAGAGCUAUAUUUGGAGGUUGAUCUGGAAAAUAAAGGCUCCCCCAAAAAUUCUGGCUUUGGUUUGGAAAAUCCAGUGGAACAUUUUGCCUACCAGACAUUUUAUUAGUUCGCGAAUUGCAGGCGUCCUCAAUAUUUGUCCCUGGUGUGGAAUUGUUCAAGAAACCUCAUCUCAUCUGUUUGGAGACUGUGUGCUAGCUAAGUGGAGUUGGAACUUCAUUUGUAAAUGGUGGAGUAUUAAGGCUUUGCCGCACGGAAAUGGGACCUUCUCUUUAGCAGGCCUUCUUAAACUUUUCUCUAGACCAUUCCUCAAGGAAAUUUGGCAAAUUGUAGUGGUGGCUGUUCUUUGGUCCAUCUGGUUAGCUCGAAACGAACUUGUGUUUAGCAAUAUCAGAAUUAAAGAAGCUUGCCUCAUUAAAUUAAUUUUGCUCAGAAUAGAUAAAUGGGGUUCUGCGUCGGGCCUAAUGACUUUUGGAGCUGACCCGAUUUGGCUGAUCAAUCCUCAGGGGGCUGUGGCCUUACGAUAUUACAAAAUUAUGAAUUCUUUCUGGAAAUUCAAGAAGGAUCAGUUCGAAUUAAUUGCUGCUGUAGAUGGGGCAUGGGGGUUAGUAGAUGACUUCAAUUAUAAAGGGGGCAUUGGGGGUUAUUUGAGUGACAAAUAUGGGAAUAAUAUUCUAACGUUUUCAGGCCCGGUAUUUUCAAAUUCUGCAGCAGAAACGGAGGUGGAUGCCAUUCUUCACAUUAUUAAUUGGCUGUUCAAGCAAAAUUGGGAAUUAAAAAGAACAGUUAUUUGUUCAGAUUCUUCAUCUGUUGUGAAUGCUUUUAAUGAAGGUCUUGAAAUUAAAUUUCCCCUAAAGGCAUUGAAUUUUAAUCAUUUGCAGUUUGUUAACUCUGCAAUUUUUAUUCACUUUGUCCCUCGAUAUCUUAAUGAGCAAGCAGAUGAUCUGGCAAAAAAGGGCAUUACCAGAUCUCAUAUGCUGGAAAUUGGGCGAGUCUAUGACACCCUCCGUAUUCAAGAGCAAAUCUUGCUUGAGGAAGAUCAAGUGGAGGUUUACAGGUUGUUCAAUACUCUGCAUGCUAACACCCACAAGGUUGGUAAGUCGAAGAAAUGUAUCACUCAUGUCCCUCUUCAUAUGAAUGCCACAGCUGAAUAUAUGGCAAACUAUGGUCUAGAACAUUUGAAGGAGCUGGUGGAGGUCUCUAAGCCUUUCGGUAAUCUUGAUUACUAUCUCCGGAGGGAUAUGGGGAAUGUGCUGCCUCACCCUAUUUUGGAGGUUGUUCAGAACAUGGGGGAUGGUGAGGUGGAUGGAGUUCUCUCUGUUGCUGCACCUGGCAGUCUACUCUCUCAUGACCUCAGUUUGGUGAGGGGUUCUUCUGGGAGUGAGUUUGUCAGAAAUGAAAAGGGCAAGGCGAAACUCAUGCAUGACUCCAGCAUCUCCAGCAGUGGCUUACUCUCCAAUGCGGCCCAGCGCCUUUCUGAUUUAGGAUUCAAUCUGGAUUUCAUCCUAGGAGGAGGUGCAGUCCCGAAAGCUGUUCUUCAAAGCGCUCUCAUGGAGGCUUUAGCUGAUUUGAUCCCCCAGGAAGGCCUCUCAAGGUCUUCUCUUGAGAUUGGUGAUGCAGGUACUUCUCUGGGCUCUCAUGGUGCUGUGCAGGUUUUGGAGCAGCAGGGGUCAAAGAAGGGAAAGGAUCAAGUUAAGGGAAUGGAUUCCGGUGCGUCCACUUCUGGACGUCACUUUGAUUAG